AUGUCUAAGGGACCCACUGUUGGCAUUGAUCUUGGCACCAUCUACUCCUGCGUGGAUAUUUUCCAGCAUGGAAAAGUGGAAGUAAUUGCAAAUGAUCAGGGCAACCGAACCACCCCAAGCUAUGUUGCCUUUAUGGACACAGAACUUGGUGAUGCAGCAAAGAACCAAGUUGCUAUGAAUCCCACAAACACAGUUUUUGAUGCCAAACAUCUGAUUGGACGAAGAUUUGAUGAUGCAGUUGUCCAGUCUGAUAUGAAACAUUGGCCCUUCAUGGUGGUGAAUGAUGCAGGCAGGCCCUAAGUCCAAGUAGAAUACAAGGGAGAAACAAAAAGCUUUUAUCCAGAAGAAGUUUCCUCUAUGGUUCUGACAAAGAUGAAGGAGAUUGCAGAAGUCUACCUUGGGAAGACUGUCACCAAAGCUGUUGUCACUGUACCAUCCUAUUUUAAUGACUCUCAGCACCAGGCUACCAAAGAUGCAGGGACCAUUGGCCUCAAUGUACUUAGAAUCAUCAAUGAGCCAACUGCUGCUGCAAUUGCCUAUGGCUUGGACAAAAAGGUUGGUGCUGAGAGAAAUGUGCUGAUCUUUGAUUUGGGAGGUGGCACGUUUGAUGUGUCAAUCCUCACUAUUGAAGAUGGCAUCUUUGAGGUAAAAUCGACAGCUAGAGACACCCACUUGGGUGGAGAAGAUUUUGACAAUCGAAUGGUCAAAAAUUUUAUUGCUGAGUUCAAGGGCAAGCACAAAAAAGACAUCAGUGAGAAUAAGAGAGCUGUCCGUCGCCUACACACUGCUUGUGACCGUGCAAAGUUCACUCUCUCUUCCAGCACCCAGGCCAGUAUUGAAAUUGAUUCUCUAUACGAAGGCAUUGACUUCUAUACCUCUAUCACCCGGGCCCGAUUUGAAGAAUUAAAUGCUGACUUGGUCCGAGGCACCCUGGACCCUGCGGAGAAAGCCCUUAGAGAUGCCAAGCUUGACAAGUCACAGAUCCAUGACACUGUCCUGGUGGGUGGUUCUACCUGUGUUCCUACGAUUCAGAAACUUCUUCAGGAUUUCUUCAAUGGGAAGGAACUGAACAAGAGCAUCAACCCUGAUGAGGCUGUGGCUUAUGGUGCAGCUGUUCAGGCAGCUACCUUAUCUGGGGACAAAUCUGAAAAUGUUCGGGACCUGCUGCUCUUGGAUGUCACUCCACUUUCCCUGGGUGUUGAAACAGCUGGUGGAGUCAUGACUGUUCUUAUCAAGCGCAAUACUACCAUUCCCACCAAGCAGACACAGACCUUCACAGCCUACUCUGAUCACCAGCCUGGGGUACUCACUCAGGUUUAUGAAGGUGAACGUGCAAUGACCAAGGAUAACAACCUGCUUGGGAAAUUUGAGCUCACCGGCAUACCUCCUGCACCACGUGGUGUUCCUCAGAUUGAAGUCACUUUUGGUAUUGAUGCCAAUGGCAUUCUCAAUGUAUCUGCUGUGGAUAAGAGUACUGGAAAAGAAAACAAGAUUACCAUCACCAAUGAUAAGGGUCGUCUGAGUAAAGAAGAUAUUGACCGGAUGGUCCAGGAAGCCGAAAAGUACAAAGCUGAAGAUGAGAAGCAGCGGGACAACAUGUCCUCUAAGAAUUCACUUGAAUCUUACGCAUUUAACAUGAAAGCAACUGUGGAGAAUAAAAAGCUGCAAAGGAAGAUAAAUGAUGAAGACAAACAGAAGAUUCUUGACAAGUGUAAUGAAAUUAUCAACUGGCUUGAUAAGAAUCACACUGCAGAGAAAGAGGAAUUUGAACAGCAGCAGAAAGAGCUGGAGAAAGUCUGCAACCCCAUCACUACCAGGCUGUAGAGUGCUGGAGGGGUGCCUGGAGGGGUGCCAGGAGGCUUCCCUGGUGGUGGAGCUCCUCCAUCUGGUGGUGCUUCAUCUGGACCCACCAUUGAAGAGGUUGAUUGA